AUGUUUGCUAUACAACGGGCGUUCCGGGUUCUAGCGACAGUGGCUCUAAUCGGUCUGGCAACGGCCACAGAUAUAAAUGAGUUCUGUACUUCCAUCACAUCAUGUCUUAGAGACGGAAGUAUCACGUGCGAUACUGCUUCGGGUGGAUGCCCACCGUGUAUUUACGCGCUCGACAACACCUAUACAUGCUGGGAGAAAGACAACUUGACCAACACAUGCCCCUUCACAGGCGUACGCUAUGACUGCUCGGCAUCAUGGAGCUCUACAACGUCCAGCGAAAUCGGUAGCGCAAUACUCGCUACCCCAUCUUCCUCAACAAACUCGACGGGCUCAACAGAUUCUUCUUCCUCCUCCUCAGAUCUUCGUGCCGAUACCUCAAGCUCUAGCAUUUUUGGCGGAUCAAGCUACGACCUGAUUCUGUACGGAGCUAUUGGGUUUGGCGCUAUGCUAAUUUUUGGUACCGUUGCUUUCCUCUGUCUUCGAAAACGCAAGAAUAAACGUCAUCCUGACGAAAGCAGUACCUUUGGCGGCGUACAAAAUGCGGUGGACAAGCGAAUGCGCGGCGUAUCCAAACGUGAUGAUAGUUCUUCUGGUCCGUACAAUAACAUUUUGGAUACGAGUAAAGUCAACUACGUCUCCGGUAUCAAUUCUGGCUACGGUCGUUACAGCAAGGGAUCAAGACAUGAUCGGUUAGAUCCUUCUUCCCACGUACCCAUUGGCAGAGCUCGCACUAGUUUUGACGGCAUUUUAGCCGAUUCAUCCCAGUCACCAGCAGUAUUAGGUGGAAGUGCGCGUAGAUCGCUCAAGAAUGGGCGAUGCAGCAAUAAAGAGAGUAAUGGAGGUGUAGGAGGCUUUUCGCAUGUGAGCGAGUACGUGCAGCAAGAUGUUUCUUCCCGUUGCUCAUCUACGUCAAAUGUAUUUGGCGAGUAUUUGCGAACGAAACAAGAAAUGCAAUACGACGAUGCCGGCCAUAGUCACUUAGGUGAAAUGAGUGGUAUAAGCUUCAGUGGUACCAUCAGUGACCUAGAUAGCGGCAAGUACUCGUUCGAGUCGUUGCAGGGUAUAAGCCGACCACCACAGUUGAGGUUGGGCAUUGACAGUCGAUUAUCAGUUGCUGACUCCAUUACCGAUUCAGAGUACGGCGAGCAAUUGCGCGGUCGCGGCGAAAGUGAUUGUGACAGCGAAAUGUCAUACAAUGACGAAAAAUAUUCUUUUAGUAGUGUGGACAGUUUGGAUGACAGUCAGGUACGAGAAGGCAAGCGUGAAGUCGAGAUAUAA